AACAUUUCAUGUCCAAAACCACAAACAUUACAAUUAAUAUAUUCUAUUUUGCAACAAUGGCUUUAUGUUCUUCAUUUUGGGUUCUAUUGAUUACAUAUAUGGUAAUUGGUAUUCGUACUAAUUCAGCUUCUGAUUUAUCAGCUACAUUCUACGAUAAAUCUUGUCCGAAAGCUCUUCGCACAAUCAGGAAAACAGUUGAAGAUGCUGUCUCUAAGGAGAAUCGCAUGGGAGCUUCCUUGCUUCGACUCCAUUUUCACGACUGCUUUGUUCUCGGUUGUGAUGCAUCCGUGUUGUUAGAUGAUACUGCAAAUUUCACGGGCGAAAAGAAAGCGUUCCCAAACGCGAACUCGCUAAGGGGUUUUGAGGUGAUAGACAACAUCAAAAAUCAGUUAGAGAAAAUGUGUCCUAAAGUUGUUUCAUGUGCUGAUAUCUUAACCCUUGCUGCCAGAGAUGCUGUUGCUGCUCUUGGUGGACAAAGAUGGAAUGUACUAUUAGGAAGAAGAGAUUCAACAACAGCAAGCUUAGAUAUAUCAAAUUCUGACUUACCUGGUCCUUCUUUGGAUCUUGAUGCCCUUAUCACUGCUUUCGCCAAGAAAAAUUUCACUACAGCAGAAAUGGUUACUUUAUCAGGUGCUCACACAAUCGGCGAAAUAAGGUGCCGAUUUUUCAGAUCAAGGAUAUACAAUGAAACAAACAUAGACCCUAAAUUUGCUGCAACAAUGCAAGCCCUAUGUCCUUUUGAAGGAGGUGAUGAUGAUUUUUCUCCAUUUGACUCAACCACACCGAAUAAUUUCGACAACGCUUUCUACGCUAACUUGGUCAAAAACAAAGGUCUAGUACACUCUGAUCAACAGCUAUUUGCUAAUGCAACAUCAAUCACUAGCUCUCAAGUAAGAAGAUAUAGCAGAAACAUGGGAGUUUUCAAGAAAGAUUUUGCAGAUGCAAUGUUUAAGAUGACAAUGCUUAGUCCACUUACUGGUAAUGAUGGUCAGAUUAGGACUAAUUGCAGAUUUGUUAAUGCUCCAUAAAUAUCAUUAGCAGAAGUGCUUAAAUUAAUUAAUCACCAUACUAAUUUGGUGUUUGUAUUCUUUAAAUUAAUAAUAUGUCGAAGUCUUGAUUUGUUAAUGAUCCAAUAAUGUAACUUGUUAAUUACUAAAAAAAUAUGAUUUGUAUUGUGACUGUAUUGUAUUGAACAUGUGAACAGUGGCAGAUUCAA